UAUUAAUAUCGGACCAUCUUUUGUUUAAAUCGCGUAAAAGUAAUCGAGGCUGACAUGAGGGAAAACUUUUAUAUUUUCGUGGAAAUAAUUCGGAAAACCUUAAAAUAAAGCUUGUUAAAAAAGACGGUAUGAUACAGUGUUGCCAUGUUGGCCCAAAAACAUUGCACAGUGCAGCCGGAAUGACUUUUUAAAAUUAGUUAAGUGAGCUGAUGUGGCAACUCUGGCAUAGAUAUCUCAAACAAAACAACAAAAAAUGAGCCUGACAAAGAGACUCCUGCACAUCUUUCCCCGUUGCAGUUUUCCCAAGAGAACACAUCCCUCCGCGGACCGGAAUUCCCAGCCAAUUUCCGAGGCUCUUCUGGCGCAAGUUGACCGGGAAACAAAGAACUUGCAGCUUCUAGAGAUUGCGUCCGGAUCGGGACAACAUGCUGGAUACUUGGCACCGCUGCUGCCCAACAUCUCCUUCCAGCCGACGGAGUACGAGAGGCAGCAGCUGGAAUCCAUUUCCGCCUACGCAAAGGAUUGCCCCACCGGAAACAUUCGAGAACCCUUAUGUGUGGACAUCACUCAGGAACCCAGAGAUUGGGAAGUGCCUCCAGCACCGGCCAGCUUUGAUUACAUGUUCAACUCCAACAUGAUGCACAUCAGUCCUUGGUCGUGUUCCACCGGACUCUUUAGGGCUGCCGGGCAGCUGCUGAAGAAAGGUGGCAGAAUGUUCACCUACGGACCCUAUGCCCUGGACGGCGUCCUCACGCCGCAGAGCAACGUAGAUUUCGACAAGAGUCUUCGCAGCAGAGAUGCCUCCUGGGGUGUUCGCGACAUCAAGGACCUGAAGACGGUGGCACUGGAAAAUGGCCUGCAACUGGAGAAGCUGGUGGAGAUGCCCUCCAACAACAAGUUUCUGACCUGGCUUAAGCUGUAAAAUAGUGCACUAAAAUACGACAAUUGAUCGAUUACCCUCUUAGAUAACGUCAAUGGAGUAGAGUAGUUAAUGUCGUUUAUUUCGCGGCAAUAAAGUUUAUUGGCGGCCAGCUCAUCAAACUAGGCCAAGUGGACAAUGCGAGGUGAGGCGAGUGUGCAGGGAUUGACCCUGAAAUCGCGGUUGAUAGUCGGCCUGAUUGAUUGGUGGGUGCUAUAUAAGGGUGUAUCGGAUUGAACCUGCAGCAUAAGCGAUCGGACAUUGGAGA